AUGACCGCAGCCAAGGCAUACGUCGCCGAGUUCGUUGGCACCUUCAUUCUGACAUUCACUGUCGGCUGCAACGUUCUCAGUGGGCAAACCAUCGGGGCUGGGGCGUCGAUCGGGUGUUCCCUGAUGGUAGCCAUCUACGCCUUGGCGCCGAUUUCCGGAGCGAACUUCAACCCUGCGGUGUCUGUCUCGCUCGGCAUCGUUGGCAAGCUGCCCUGGAAGGAUGUCGCGCUCUAUUCGGUGGUGCAGGUCUUGGCAGGCAUGCUCGCGGGCCUCCUCUCCGACAUCCUGUAUGGGGCUGCCCUUGCCCUCGGACCCGUGGGCGACUUCUCGUGGUGGCAGGCGGGCAUAUGCGAGCUCCUCUACACGUUCAUGCUCUGCUUCGUGGUCCUCAACACCGCCUGCUCUGCGGCGAACGCGGGCAAGCGUCAGUUCUAUGCCCUCUCGAUCGGCUUCAUGAUCGUGGCGGGCGCGUACGGGGCGGGCGCCGUCUCUGGCGGCUGCUUCAACCCCGCCGUGGCGCUCGGCCUCCAGGCAGGCAGCUUGAGCCGUGCGAGCUUCGACAGCCUGAGCUCGUUCCUGGGGUGGUCUCCGCUCUACGUGGCGUUCGAGCUCGCUGGCGCCGUGGUGGCGGCAGGCUGCUUCCAGGCGGUGCGGCCCCCGCGCUUCGAAGAGGGGCGUCCGGCGAGGAUGCUGGCCAAGGUGACGUCGGAGAUCCUCGGGACCUACAUGCUUGUGCUCACGGUCGGGCUCAACUGCUUGGCGGAGGCGAUCGGAGCGAGGGAUGCCGUUAUCUACUGGGGCGCCCAGGUGAUCGGGGGGAUCCUUGCGGCUGGGACCUACAUGGGCAUCUACGCGGGGGAGACCCUGGGAUUCGGCGACGGGUUCGGCCCCGGCAAGGGGUUCGGCCUGUGGUGGGAGGUGGCGGUGGCCGAGGCGUUCUUCACGUCCGUCCUCGCCUUCGUCGUGGUUAGCGUCGCCUGCUCGCCCAGCGCGCGCAGAGGCAGCUACUCGGAGGUAUUCGGCCUGAACCCCGCGGUGUCCAUCGGCAUCGCGGCGAGCCAGGCGAUGGGCGGCUCGGGCUUCGGUGGCUUCCUCAGGGAGGGGUGGGUCUACACCCUGUCUGAGAUGGCCGGUGCUGGCGCCGCGGCGCUUGUGUAUUUCUUGACGCACGCCGACAGGUCGGAGGAGUCGGAGGAGUCGGAUGACGAGGAGAGGGAGCGUCUGAAUCCGUCCGACGACGAGGAGGAGCAGUCCCUCAUGGGCAGCUGGUGCUCUCGCUGA